CGGAGGAGGGCCCAACCCGGCUGGGUGGGUGGGAAGUGUGGCUGGUAACCUGGCAGCCGCGGAGAGGUGGGUGACGGGCCUGGGCUGAGUGGCCGGCGCAAUCAGACUUUGAGAUCCGAUUUUAGGGUGCCCUUUAAAAGUGGCGGAGUCGCUUCCCAAACCUGGUUCGGCCAGCCUCUUUUUCGCUCCCGACUUCCAAUGUGUCUGUUCUUCCCUACUUCCUGGCUCUCAGGUUCACGAUUUGGAGUUCUUGGAGUGAGGGAAAAGCCUUUUGUUACAGCACACAGUGUACGUCCAUAAGGCUGGAUUGUGGACUUUGUUGCUGUUGGGUUUUUUUUUUUUUUUGGCCCCUUCUUUUCUUGUUAGACUGGUUUGAGCACCCCAGCAUCUGUCCUGUAUUUAUCGGGUGGAACCAGAAGUCUUUGGAUAAUGAAACCCGCGACCAAUUCUUACUCAAGGUGGUUAUGACAUAUGUCAGCUGCUUCUUGGCCUAUAUAGUUAGAAGCCGACCCCUUUUACCUUGUGAAUAAUUAUGUCAUCACCUCCAUUAUUCUUUUGGUGUUCUCAAUUGAAAUGCCAAGCAUUAAAUGAGCCACAAAGAUUGAAUUCCCAUUAUCCUUGAAUCAGAGCAAGCCUGUGGUGCAGCCAUGAGUUAGUGGAGAAAAAUCCAGAGUUAGAGAAGAUUAUAAAUGGCAGAGCCAUUUAACUGUGGUUAGCUGUUGGAUUCUGAUACUUUCUUAAAAACACUUUCUUGCACCAACAUCUUCAUUGGGAACAGUUCAGAAAAAGCAGAGGAGAGACAACAUUCACGUUUACCAUGGCUAUACCAAUAACAGUGCUUGACUGUGACCUCUUGCUAUAUGGCCGUGGUCACCGGACAUUGGACCGUUUUAAGCUGGAUGAUGUGACUGAUGAAUACUUGAUGUCCAUGUAUGGGUUUCCACGGCAGUUCAUUUAUUACUUGGUGGAGCUCUUGGGGGCGAAUCUUUCUAGGCCUACUCAGCGAUCCAGGGCUAUUAGCCCAGAGACACAGGUCCUUGCAGCAUUGGGUUUUUAUACCUCAGGUUCCUUCCAGACUCGGAUGGGAGAUGCCAUUGGAAUCAGUCAGGCAUCUAUGAGUCGUUGUGUUGCCAAUGUCACCGAAGCACUUGUGGAAAGGGCCUCGCAGUUCAUUCGCUUUCCAGCUGAUGAAGCCUCCGUACAGGCUCUGAAGGAUGAAUUCUAUGGGUUGGCAGGGAUGCCAGGGGUGAUGGGGGUGGUUGACUGUAUCCAUGUGGCCAUCAAGGCACCAAAUGCUGAAGACCUCUCCUAUGUGAACCGAAAAGGCCUGCAUUCUUUAAACUGCCUGAUGGUGUGUGACAUUAGAGGGACACUAAUGACCGUGGAGACAAACUGGCCUGGCAGCCUACAGGACUGUGCUGUGCUGCAGCAGUCUUCCCUCAGUAGUCAGUUUGAAGCGGGUAUGCACAAAGAUAGCUGGCUUCUGGGUGACAGUUCCUUCUUUCUUCAAACCUGGCUCAUGACCCCACUUCACAUUCCUGAAACUCCAGCAGAAUAUCGCUAUAACAUGGCCCAUUCUGCAACUCACAGUGUGAUUGAGAAGACUUUCCGAACCCUCUGCUCCCGAUUCCGCUGCCUGGAUGGAUCCAAGGGGGCACUGCAGUACUCACCAGAGAAAUCCAGCCACAUCAUCUUGGCCUGUUGUGUCCUCCACAACAUCUCCCUGGAGCAUGGGAUGGAUGUUUGGUCCUCUCCAGUGACAGGACCCAUGGAACAGCCCCCGGAAGAAGAGUAUGAGCACAUGGAGUCCCUGGACUUAGAGGCUGACCGUAUUCGUCAGGAGCUAAUGCUCACUCAUUUUAGCUAAUGUAGAAGGUGGAGAGGAGGGGGACUUCCCAGGAGUUGUCACAGACUUUCCUCCUCAUCACCUUCUACACAUUCCAUCAUUUAGCGUGACUGAGUAUACAGAUACUUGUCAUAAACUGACAUUUAAUAUGUGUGUUUUGGUAAGGUUGGGGCUAUGCCAGAAUAUCUUGAUUCAUUUGCAAAUGCAUUAAUUAAACCGAAACCAAGACAGCGG